AUGAAGCGAAGAGUCCGCGUUCUACCCCCGGGGUAUUUGGUGGGUACAAAAGGGCAUUCAGUUUUGAAGAAGAAAACUUACGUACGGAAGCCGCUCAUUGAAGUGGAAGAAUUCUCCUCUCAAAAGAUGCCCACCUCCCGGCGACACGAAUUUGACAGCGGUUACCAUAUGGGCAGCUUCCACGAUGCAAAGGCAUUUUCAAAUGCCGUGAUGGACGAUAGUUAUGACCUUCAAGCUCAGUCCAGAGGACGUGAUCAUCGUCUCUUGAAUCAAAUGAACAAUGCGUUGCACACUGACAGCCCUCUGACGUCACCAUUGUUGUCCAGCCGAAGCAGCAAACCCCGAAGCAUCACCCAGCUCCAGCACAAAACCCGUAGAAGCACUAGGCUUGAUACUUCUGGCACUGAUCCUCUGAAAACAUCCAAGCUGUCUGACUCUCUGAAAACAUCAAGGAUGUCUGACUCCUUCAAAACAUCCAGACCGCUCAGCUCUCCCAAAUUAUCUAAGCUGUCAGACUCUCUGAAAAUCUCAAAGACGUCUGACUCUUUUAAGACGUCCAAACUGCCUGCUUCUCCCAAAUUAUCCAAGCUGUCUAGCUCUGAGAAAAUGCCCAAACCGCUUGCCUCUCUCAAAUUAUCCAAGCUUUCCGACUCCCUGAAAACAUCUAAGCCGUCAGAUUCUCUCAAAUUGUCUAAACCGUCUGGCUCUCUCCAGCUAUCGAAACUGUCUGACGACUCUCUACAAUUGCCCAAGCCGGCUGAAUAUCAGAAAAAAAACAGACCUAAGCCGGCUGAAUCUCUCCAGCUGGUCAAGGUCCCAGACUCCAGCGAAACGUCGAAGUUACUCGGCAUUGACAGAGUAUCGCCUGUAGUAGAGCAAGCCAGAAGUUUGGUUAACAGACACAGAACGUUUGGAAUCGGUUCUGAUCUAGACACUAUCGCAACAAGCGCCAUUACGUCACCUCGCGAUCUGAAAAGUGAUUUUUUUUCGGUUUCUCCGUUGACAAAUUAUAUAAAAUCUAGAUGGCCUGAAAAAGAAUAUGAGAAUCAAUUCGAUUUGACAUCUCCUCUGACAGUUGACGUGUUACAUACUCCAUUACCUAAGCCAGUACCUACACCAAUACCUACACCAAUACCUAUACCAAAGAAAAGCAUUUACAAAAACCCUUAUUUGGAAUACGACGAUCUCAGUGCUGAUGAAGAUUAUGAGACUAGUGUCGUUGCAAGACCAAAGAAGACCGGCAAACCUGGCCAGUUAUUGAAAGCUUUGAGAAAGAAACGUUCUCCUGAUUAUAUCUCAGACGAAAGUACUGAUGACGAAGAUUAUACUAAGGGCGCUUGUGCUCUAACGAAAUAUAGGGGUAGCGACUACGACGAAGAGGAGAGCGAAUAUUUGGAAAAACCAAGGCGUUCUAAAAAGUACGAACUGGAAGAAUCUCCAAAUGAAAUAGCUUUGUCGCAUUUAGUUUCUGCAGCUGCCCUCAGGGCGAGAGCAGUUCUUGAGAAUCUAACUGGACUGCUUGGCAAAGGCGGGCUAGUCAAUGUCGAAGGAGACAUCAAACCUUACGGAGGACCUCUGACAACUUUCCGCCUUCAUACACCAUUUCAUUUUCAGGGUCCUCUAAUGAUUGGCGAAAAACCGGCUUUAUCAGUUGGCGACAAUUCAUUUGAACGUUACAUUUUUGAAUUGCAAGAAAAGAGAAAACAAGAAAGAGAAAAUGUUGAAAAAGACGCACGACGUAUAACAAAGCUGACUCGAUCACUCAGUAAUGAACCCCCGAAGCAAUAUUCUCUGAAACCUGUAGGUUAUAUCAGCGACAGUAAUUACGAGUCGUUUUCCAAAUCUCUCGUACCAUAUACAAAUAAAUUUGACAAGACGAUCGUAUCUCCUUCAAGCAAAAAGGUCCAUUUCGACGAGGCUGACGAACCGAAGAAACCAACUCUAGGCUUACCAAGAGAAUUAGUUCCGUUUAUGUCUAAAGGUAUGGAAGAUGGAGAGAUGGCUGUAGUACCCAAAAGAAAGCGUUAUCCAGUUUAUGAAUACACAGAGGAUAUUCCCCUUAAGCUUUCUAUUGAAUUCCCACGUUUUGACGAUGAUACGCCUGAUGACACAGAGAGAUUGUCUGUAUUAGAAAAGAUUCGAAUCAAGUUUUUCACUCCCUCCUCCUCGCAGGUUUCAACAGACUUCCGCAGGCCACCCAAAGCUGCCGUCGCAGCCCUGAGAGCCUCCCGCACACCAGUACUGGCUUCGAAGCCAAUCUCCCUAAGAGCUACCCACCGCCCCAAAAGUAAAGAGGUACCUGCCACUGGUCCUUAUUACCUGUCUUCCUUCGCCGGGUACAUACCCGGCCGCACUAAGCGUAUUCUUGCGCUUUCUUCUAACUAUAGACCCAAUGUUGUGUUUCUUGAUUCUGACGAAUAUGCUGCAUUGUAUCCUCGUUCAACGAAGUUUCGUCGCUCUGAUCCUCUGUAUAUCGGGAGACGGGCUACAGCGCGCACAUUCUAUCAGCACAGAUACUACCUACCAUGGUACGCAGGAUGGCGCGCUGUAGCACGUGGACGGUAUCUGAGAUCAGUACCGAGGAUCUACUACGGUAGGGCCUAUCAACUGCCUGAACUGACUUUCAAGGCGCUGUUGGUGGGCGAUGAUAAAUUGGAUGUCCUUGACCGUCCACGCUCACGAAAACCAAGAACUCGGUAUUAUGCCGAUAAACUGCAAAAAAUGGAAGAUAAGGAACAACUAUCGUCAAUCAUGGCUGAACCUCCAACAAGCAAAUUGAGAGCAUCAAAGCCACCAAAACCAAUACCCACCUACACCUGGAGAGCUAUCCGUGAUGUGGAUGGCUAUACCAAGCCAGCAAAUGUUAUGUCUUGGCAGUAUCGAUUGGAGAGUCGUGUUGAUCCAGAUGAUCUGAUCCAUAAGCCAUCUACUUAUGGAAAGAUGCGCGAUCAAGUACGGGGUGUUCAGGACAAGCUGGGCCGUCAUCGGCAAUUACUUGACAGGUAUCGUGAAACAAAUUCGGCCGCAGCUCGUGAGGUUGACCCCUUCGUUCAUAAGAAGAGCGCUGAUUUGGGAGAAAGGAUAGCCCUGCACGCUGACCGAGUUGUGGCUGAUACUGGAUAUGGUGAUAGUUACGCUGCAGGAGGCCAUUUUUCUGCUGGACGCACGACUGAGGAGGGAGGAGCAGAUGGGACGGGCAAAGUAUCUCCAUUACGCAAGAAACUGAGGAAAGUCAUUUGCAAGUUCACUACAGCAAAUCACAUGACUAUCUGGGAGGGCCAGAUACAAAAAGAGGGGUGUCUUCUCUAUCAUAGCCACCCACCCGCUCGCCUCAGCAGUAAAUAUGUGACCAGUGCUGUCACUAAGUGCCUGUCUGUCUUGUGUGCCACAUUGCUUCCUCAGAUUUGGAAUUUCUGA